AUGGCACACACACCUUCAGCAACAGCCUCUCAUUCUCCUCAUUCGAAUCCCAAUCUCACUCAAUUUCCCCCACCUUCCCUUGGAAAUCCAUCAUUUGGCACCCAUUGGGCUUCCACUGAUGAACCUGAUUCAUCCUCCUCUUUACAUCCAACUUAUGCUCUCUUAAGCACUCCUUCAAAUCUCCAAAACGACACUAUGCAAUUCUUCCACAAGCUUCCUCCCAGUCACCAAUUAAAUCCUCCUGGCUCUUCAAAUAGCAACACAACAUCUUAUUUCCCCUCUUUAGACACGGGAGGUGAGUACUACUCACCUCAACCUUCUUCUUCAUCCUCUGCUUUCAAUCAAAUCCCUUCCAAUCAGGCUAAUCAACAACAAAGCAACAGUAGACAAAUGACUGACCUUGACGGAUCGAUGAUUACUCCCUCUAGGUCAACUGGUGGGGUCAGUCUGCCGGGUUUCACUAGUCCUGAGUCGGCCUUCUAUCAGUACCAGAAUCGAAUGGAAGGUCAGUUGUGUCAGAUCUGUGGUGAACUAGCGGCUGGCUUUCAUCAUGGUGCCUAUGUUUGUGAGGCCUGUAAAAAAUUCUUUAUGCGUCAUUCACUUGCUAAUGGACGUUCCACUACGACCUGCCCCUCAGGUGGAAAUUGUGUCAUUGCAAAGAAUAGUCGUGGAAGGUGCCAACAAUGCCGAUACAAAAAGUGCCUUGAAGUUGGAAUGAGUCUUAAGGAUAUGGACGCCCAGGGAGAAUUGGACAUUUCAAACAUUCCAUGCCGAGUAUGCGGUGGCCGAUCAUCGGGUUUUCACUUUGGAGCUCUAACCUGCGAAGGUUGUAAGGGCUUUUUUCGACGCACAGAGGAGACAGCAUCGAGGCUGGUUUGUGUCGGGGGAAAGGACAAUUGUACCAUAACUCCACGCAGUCGUAAUGUGUGUAAAUCCUGCCGAUUUCGUAGGUGUCUACGCGCUGGCAUGUCUAAGCGAGGAAGUCGUAUUGGACGUCAACCGAAUGCAGUCAAGUUCCAUUGUGCUAUAGAGAUUCGCCAAAUGCAAGAUAAUGGUCAACCUCUAGCAACAGAUUUUGGUCAUCCACCUAGGAAACACAGUUCUGUUCCAACCCUAACAUCCUCCUCAGCAUCUCCUUCCUCAUCGUCUCAGACCAAUGGUGCCCAAGGAGGUGGAAUAGGUGACUUGCCACAACGUAGAGCAUCAGCAGGAGCUUGUGACAUGGCCGCAUACUCUAAUGUUACCAACCUGCCUCGACGAAAAGCAUCUGCGCCAGUGAAAAUGGAAUCGGUGGGUUUACACCUGGUAGCAGCGAGUAGACCCGUAUCAGUACAUACUCCUAUUUCUAUGAGUAGUAUCGGGGGUGGUGGUAGCGGUUCUUCACAGAUUUCGUCAUCGACAUCUUCUGCAGCCGCAGCCGCUGCCGCAGCGGCUGCUGCUGCGACGGCCGCGGUAUCUGGUGUAGUUGGAACGGAUGAGGAGAUUCUGGUGGACGGGCUAAAUUGGUUCAACUAUGGAAUGCGCAUGGCCAUGGAAUUUAUGCGACUACCGGCUACGUACUUUAAAUCCCGGUUCGACAUGAGUACGUUUGAGACUUCACAAGCCGAUGAUGAGCACCAAGUGUGGGACCACGUUAUGAAUCACUUCCACCUUCACUCGCAGCAAGUUGUCCAAUUUGCCAAAUUGAUUCCGGGUCAGUGUUGUUUUUCUUAUUCAAGUUCUUAA